AUGUAUUAUCUACUGACGCUUUGUGGUGGUGAUUUUUCUACAUUAGACGCGGUUCCUUCAUUGGAAGAUACAUGCGUUCGAUGGAUAACUAAAAAUCUGCACUACGUAAUCACAAGGUGUUCAGACUGCAGUGAGCCUAAGUAUGUUUGGCGUUUUCCUCAUCCCAACUGCCGAAUCGUGGCACGACCGGCUGAGAAAAUUCUCCUGAAAUUGUGCAAGAGGCAAAUUUUGCGGGACGAAUACCUUAGUCUUUUCUCUAUAAAGUACGUUGACUUGGUCUCGCCUGUACUACGUGACGUCUCUGUCAAUCCAUCCACAUUGCGUGUUCUGCGUGACUUUAAGCUUUACAAUUUGACUGCGACCAGUCUGAAGCAAACAAAUCUUAAUAGCCUCAUCAGUUGCUUGAGUGAGGCUUCGGCAGAUAACCUGGUGUCACUUAAUGUUUCGAAUACUACCAUUGAGGAGAAUAAGCUGCCUGUGAUCAUCUCUCUGGGGCGUCUUAAAAACCUCCAAGCCCUCAAUGUCAGCCGCACUAAAUUCACCACAGAGUGUCUACAAAACGCGGUCAAACUACUUCCCCGACUUCAAUACCUUAACAUUUCGCGGACAAAUAUUAAUAAUAUAACCUCUCUGUUGGAUCUGAGAGGCACUCUCAUGGGUCUCAUCAUGCACAAACUCAACCUGGACAGUAGGCAAGUACUCGAGCGCGUCCUGUUGACAGUGUUUGAACUGAGGGAGUUGCGAGUGCUUGAUGUCUCCUCAGCUUCGGAUAGGGACAAACCGCGUCUCCCCAUCGUCAGUCGCUUAUGUGCACCUGGGACCCUUCCGCAUCUGACUCACCUCGAUAUUUGUGGAAACCAGUUCAGUUUGAAACUCAGUGAUGUUAGGAACUUUAUCGUGAAUCACCCGAAUUUGGAGUUCCUCGGUCUCGCAGCAUGGCCCUCCCGCCAAAAUCACGAACUGGAGGGUAUCUACCAGCUUUCUUUGAAAUAUCCACACAUCACGAUGCUUGGUGACCGAGGCGAAACACCGCUUUUGAACACAUUGAUGAGGAACAAGGAUCGUCGAAUUUACCUUCAGAACGCAUUUCACAACAUUUUUGAAGAGACCAUCUCUCGAGAAUGGCUAAAUCCCGAUCUUCUGGCCGCCGUGUUGCGGGUGAUGAGACUGCACAUGAACAAGCAGGAUAUGAUUCUGGCGGGUACGGCCGUGGUCUACAACCUAACUCGAGGCGAGCAGUCAGCUCAUUUACCAUUAGAGCUGCUCAACCGAGCUGUCAGCAUCACUCUCAUGUCUAUUGAACACCACCAGGGACAGGUGCAGCUGUUAAAGAACUGCUUUCUUACUUUAUGCAGCGACAACGUCCUUCAUAGGGCUCAAUUCAGCUGCAAGCGCUGCUGCGAAUUAGUUUUCAAAAGUCUCAUAAAAUUCAACGAUAUCCACAUGAAACGCAUGGGCGUAGCGAUUAUUUCCAUCUUGGCUGCUGAAAUCCCUACCGCCGAUUUGCGCGAGAUCUCCUCCGACCACAAGCGUCUCCAGCAGCUGUUAAUGUACGUGGUGGAGAAGUGCCUCCUCCAACGCGAUGUGGACGCAUUGCUGGCCGAGUCGCACGACAAUAUGCUGGAUUACCUAGGCCACGCCGAGGUGGCUCUUGAGGGCUCGCCCGUCUACGACACCACCCUCCGCUUUACGCUCUCCGCUCUUUGGAACCUUACCGAUGAGUGUCCCGAGGCCUGCCAGGCCUUCGUUAAGGUUGGCGGUCUCCUUAUCUACGCAAAGGUUCUCAAGAAAAUGGCCAAUGAGGAGGAAGACUUUAAGAAUCACGUUUAUACCAAGUGCCUCGGCUUAUUGAAUAAUGUGGCUGAAGUAUCUUCUACUAAGAAUACUCUGCUCAUUGAACCGCUGAUGGACUUCUUCAAUAAAAUGCUAAGUCACUCAAGUAUUCAGAUCAGCUACUUCGCCGCAGGAAUUGUCUCUCAUCUCGCCUGUCUUCCUGAUGAUGUGUGGAUCUCUGCUCUGCAGUAUAACAAAGCUGAAUUCAUUCGAGUGUUGGGUGAGGCUGUGUGCAAAUGGACGCCACCGCAGAAUGAAAUGGUCGCCUAUCGUUCUUUCCAUCCCUUCCAAUCGCUCAUCCUUGACUCCAACAGUCGACUUGAGAUUCACCUCUGGGCUGUCUGGGCCAUUCACCACAUUCUCACUAAAAAAAAUACUCGCUACGUGCCCAUUCUCCGCGAAUGUCCCAACCUGCAGCGGUUUCUUCUCUUUGUGGUCUCCACCGACGUAGCAACACUGUGUGCUGCUCAGACCAGCUCCCACCCCUUACGCCAGAUCUUCGGCCUCAAUCUCGAGGCCGCUGAAGGCGGGGUGCUGAAGAGCGGUCCAGUCGUUGUGCCCGAAUCUUGGCGCUCUCUCUGUUCCUCACUCUACUUUAUACCGCCACAGCGUAAAGUGAGUAAUUACAAGUCGUCCUCUUCGCUAUACCACUCUCAUCAGUCGGCGUCUCUGGCCUUCGUUACCCCUGGCGACGCGUUGGCACGCCUGCCAGCGUUUGACGAGGGCCAGACCGGCCCGCCGAUGUCGGGCAGUCCCGUCGUAACAGGUAUGGAGCCAGUGGUGGCGGAGGAGGCGGUAUCGCUGGGUCCAUCGGAAUCUCAAAAGGCCUGUGCCCACCUCCUCCAACGCCUUGCAGUGGAAAUCAUCGAGGCUGCCAGAAGAUACGUGAACUCUUCUGGUCAACUGGUGAAAGGGAUACGCAGCUUUAUGGUUCUCGAUUUUGAAGCUACCUGCUUUGAACGUGGUCACAUUCAGCGCCAGGAAAUAAUCGAAUUCCCGGUAGUUCUGCUGGAGGGACAAAGCUUUCGUGAAAUCGACUGUUUCCAUCGAUAUGUGCGACCUGUCAUUCGUCCUCAACUCUCUGAUUUCUGCACCAGGUUAACCGGAAUAAUUCAGGACAUGGUGGAUUCUCAGCCGACAUUUUCCACCAUCAUGAAAAAAUUCGAGGAUUGGGUGGAUAGCCAUUUCCCAACUGAUAAGGAAAAGUCGACUUUUACCUUCGUUACUUGUGGAGACUGGGACUUGCGUUUCAUGUGA